UCCUGUACAUCUUUUAAACAUACAUAAGUCGGCUUUCGAUGCAGGUUCUUUUCGCGUUUUUUAUGUUGCUACUUUCCCUUUGAUUUGAGUAUUGGUUUUUGACUUCAUGUUUUUUUAUAGAUUACGAUGUUCCUAAACCUCUUUACGAUUUCUAUUUAACUAUUCACUUUGUUACUCGUUCACGGCAUGCUCUAACACUUAUGCAGCUCUGCGACGGUAUUCUAAAUAUGACUUAAUAUCUUGUCCGCUGUAAGGACUGGCUUUUUUUUAUUUAAAAAAUGACUUCGCCUUUUUUCUAACUUGAGUCAGUGAGCCUGCCCUUGCUGCUGACCUGGUCCUCAUGUCUGCCGAGGAGAAGAAUGAAGACCCAUCGCCACCUUCCUCCCAUUUCAUAGGGAAAAGAGAAGACUUAAUGAAGGUCAAAAGGGUGACCAAAUUUAUAAAUGGAAGGGAUGUAUUGGUUCUCUAUCACAAUGGCACUUUCCAUGCUAUGGACACGCGCUGCUAUCAUUCUGGGGGACCACUACAAAAUGGAGAUAUCGAGGAAUUCAGUGGCAAACUUUGCAUCGUAUGUCCGUGGCACAAGUAUAAAAUCACACUUUUGGAAGGCGAAGGAUUAUAUCAAGCUGUGGAUCCAAGUCAGAAGGUCCUCAAACCCAAAUGGGCCUCCAAAGGAAUAAAGCAGCGGGUUCAUCUGGUAAAGGAAGUAAAUGGAGACGUUUUUGUUACACUGAAUGACUUUCCUGGUUCUCUUGACUCUGAUUAUUACCAGUCAGAACAAUACAGGGCCAUUUUUAACAAAGCUGAGAAUAAAAUGUGAGUUUUUUUUUUUCUCUCUAUUAAAUAGGACCUAAAGUAAUCGCUAAGCACAGCUACAUGCUUUAAACUAUACAGCAGUGGUUCAGUGGGGGGCAUGGUUGCUUCUCACCACCAUGGUUGAUGGCUUCGAUGUGUAGAGGCCUCGAUGUGUAGAGUUUGCAUGAUCUCUCCAUGUCUUGUGGGCUGCCUCUGCACGCUACGGACUGUGGGAAUGGAACCAGAGAUGUACAGUCAAAGUAAACUUUAUUGUCACCUCUGCUAUAUACUGUACAGGUACAUAGACGAGAUGACGUCUGAGAGGACAGCUAAGCUAAUUAGCAUCUCUGAAUUGACCGUAGUGUAUGUUUACAUGUGUGUAGGUGCCCUAUGUUGGACUCCUGCCUUCUUGUCUUCUGUGCUGCCUGAGAUGGAGUCCAUGCCCCCUUGUCCCUAACCUGAAUAAGUGGUCAAAAUUUGCAUUGACUUGGCAAGUACAGUGCCAGUCAAAAGUUUGGACACGCCAAAGCACCUGCAAUGGAAAGUGAUUGUGUCACAUCGCAGUUUUUUGUUUUACUCAUUUCUCUCUUUAUGGGUGUGCGUCUGUGAAUAAAUAAUAUAUUUUUAU